AUGGCUGAGAAGCAAGUACAGGAGCAGGCCGAGAGCCUCCGGCGCUUUGCCUUCACCGGCGUUGUUCUUUCAACCGCCGCUACUGUUUUGGCCAUGCUUUUGGUCCCUAUGUUCUACAACCACGUGCAGUUCAUGCAGACGAACAUGCAGAACGAACUCGACUUCUGCAAGUCCCGCAGUGGCAACAUGUGGAAGGAAGUGACCAGGACUCAGGUUCUCUCCGACGUUCAUCCACGUGAAGCUCGUGGAAUCCGUCAUCACCGUCGCGCCAUCGGCGCCAGCCACAGAUUCGGUCUCCACCAAGCCCCUCGUUUCGAGCGACAGAGCGGCGGUGGCUGUUGUGGAUGCGGAGUCUCGCCAGCAGGACCUCCCGGCCCACCUGGACCCGAUGGACAACCUGGAAACGACGGACAGCCCGGAGCCCCAGGACAGGCUGGACCACCAGGCCCACCCGCUGUUCGCCAACAACAACACAUUGAGCCAUGCCAGACCUGCGCCCCAGCUCAAGCCGGUGCUCCAGGACAGCCCGGACCUAAGGGACCACCCGGAGGAGCCGGUCAGCCCGGUGCUCCAGCCCAAGGAGGCGGCCAAGGACCACCCGGCCCAGCUGGACCACCCGGACCCGGAGGACCACCAGGAGGCCCAGGACAACCAGGACAGCCCGGAGCUCCAGGACAAGUUAAGCAAGGCCCACCAUCCGUCGGACCACCAGGCCCAGCCGGACCACCCGGAGGCCCAGGACCACUCGGCCCAGCUGGAGGACCAGGAAACGCCGGACAACCCGGAGGACAAGGACCACCAGGAGAAGGCGGACCACCAGGCACCCCAGGAUUGCCCGGAGGCGAUGGACAGCCAGGACAGCCCGGAGAGAGCGGCCCCAAGGGAGCGUGUGACCAUUGUCCUCCCCCACGUACUGCCCCCGGAUAUUAA